AUUCAUUUCCCCGUAAACCCUAGCAAAAACCUCUUCACUCUCUCUCUCUCUCUCGAUUCACUUCUCCUUACACAAUGGCUUGGCGCAGUGCAGGUUCUGCUGCUCGCUCGUUCGUCUCCGCCACCGCUAGAUCACCGUCUCUCCGAUCUCCGACGACGGCGCUCCCUCGUCUCCGUCCUCCUCAAUCCUCCCGUCGCUUCACCUUUUCAUCACCUUCCAGGAACCUAGGAGUACUUGGUUGCACACAGUCGUUUUUGCCUCUGUACAGUGUUGUGGCUGCUUCUCAACUCACAUCUCACCUUAAUGUUAAUUUGCGAGCUUUCUGCGAGCUGUCUAACGGUACCUUCCAACGCACUUGUCAGGAUCGCUAGUAGUCCUCUUUGUACUUGAAGAGACCAUAGAGUGUUGGAACGUCACAAGACGUGCAUCAGUAAUACUUUGAAGGGAUGUGAGAUGGAAACAUGAGGUUACCUCAGAAAAAAAAAACAUAGUUGUGUUGUGUUACUCUUUUAGAAGUUUUAGUUCCACAAUGUGUGGAUUAUUAGCUGUAGAGCUUUUAGUUUCGCUUGGCACAAUGUUUUUUUUUCUCAAAGAACAUUUUUAUUUAUUUUUUGUUUUAGAAAAAUGCAUAUCAGCAUUAAUAAGUGUACUGGAUCUUAAAACUUAAAGAAAUGGCAAUUGUUUAUGAUUGCAAA